AUGGCUCAGUUUACACGUUUUGUUGCGAUUGAAGAUAAGUUCAAUACGAACUUAUUUACAUUUAUUCUUCCAAGUACAUUUCUAUUAGGAGCAGAAGAAAAGUUAACUACAAGAGAAUUUUUCUGUCGUAAUAUUCCAUUUGCAUUAACAUUCGUUAAAAAUGGCGACCAAUUAAAUGCUUUCCUACUGCAUCGUAGUCGUGAUACAGAAACACUUGAAAUGACACUUGAUUUAAGUGUUACACUAUUAUGUCGCGAACAUUUUACACGUAACGAAUCAUUCGUUGAGAAAAAUUGUAAAUUCACAAAUAAAAUUACUUUGCAUGGACGAAAAUCUUUUACAUCGAUCAAUCGUUUGUGUUCAGUUGACUUUAUGGACGAACGUGGCAAUAUUCAAUGUGAACUUGAAAUAAAAAAUCUUCUUGUUUCCUACAUAGCAGAAAUACAACUGCCGCCACAUUUAGUUAAUAUACAGUAUCCACAUAAUGCACAAUCGGCAGCAAAUCGACAGCCAUUGGAUGCGAAAAUCGAAACGCCCAUUUUCUAUUAUUCAAACUACGAAUGGUGUGUUGUCAUUCAGCCGAAACUUGAUAGUGUUGGACAAAUUGGGCAUUUUCGAAUGUUUAUACAACGUUUAACACCGUGUGAUCAUUCAGUUAAAUUAACCUAUCGAGUUAAACUAACAGCUGGAUCGUUCAUAUGGGAUCCGAAUCAUGAGAAAAAAGCAACAAAUGCAAAUGAUAAUAGUACGUAUGAAACAAACUAUACCGAUAUUCAUGGUUUAUGUCGACCGUAUAAAAUCGAUCGUGUUCGUGAAUUACUGCAAGCUAAUGGAAAAUUUACAUUGACUGUUGAACUUAAAGAUGCUAUUACUGUCUUCCCGAUUAUGGUUGAUCCGUUUGCGACAAAUCCUAUUCCGGUACCUUUUCUCGAUAAAGAUCAACAGGCAUGGACUGUUGAAGCUUAUAUAGAAGAGCAAUGUUUUAUAAUACGUUUAUAUUAUUCGGAUAUAUUUAAAAUUCCAGCUAAUUAUGUACGUGCAAUAUGUUUUAAUAUUACUGUACGUAACUAUCGUGAUACAAAAACGACCACCAGUGUUUUUCAAAAGCCAGUUACUAAAUAUUACUCACAAAAAGAUAGUGACGAAGGCUUAGAAAUAAGCACAACAUUAGAUGUUACAGAAUUAACAGAACGUGGCUUUUUAAAUGAUCAACAGAGUGUUACAAUUGAAAUAGAAAUGUAUUUUUCCCAUUUGAUGUUCUCUCCUGAAUAUUCACCAUUAGACGAUAUUGUACGCAAACAAAAACAACAAAUAAUGCGUGAAUUAUUAACAGCUCAAAAUGAAAAUUUUCAAUUAGAAAAAAAAAUUCAUGAACUUCAAGUAUCCAUACAAAAUCCAUCAUUGAUGUCAAAUCGUUUGUCUGAAUCUGUAAAUGGACCAUUAUCACAAAGCCUUGCAACUGGUUCGAGUGCACCAGUCACACCUAAUGUGGUUCGAAAAUAUUACGAAAUGAAAUAUGGUGAUAAAGGUUCAACAUCAAAUUUACUUGCAACAGGAGUUAACACUCCGUCAUUACCUAUGUAUAAUAAUCCAUCAAGUUUUGAUUCCACACAAUCGAAUACAAGUCCAUUAACAAUGCGGAAUGGUGCCCUAUCUGGUAAAAGUCAAACAUCAUCCGUACCACAACCUAAUGUUACUUUUGGUGCACGUAAUACAUCGACUUUUAAUCUUCGAAAUAAAUUACCAAAUUCAUUACAAAAUACUCUUGCAAAUACAAGUCAAUCGUUGCAAUCAAAAUUGCCAGCUAGCUUACAAAAACUACCAGCGAGCUUCACUCAAGGACCGACAAUGAAUAUGCUGGCAAGCAAAUUUCAAAAUGCUUUUUCCUAG